AGUGAAAAUGGUACCGAGAAAUAAAAAAAAAUUUAUUUUCCUCAAUGGUUGAUUCGUGUUCACUAUUAAGGAAGUGUCAAUGACCUACAAAAUUUUCUUCUCAACUUUUCUUUUUUCUUUCCGUUCAUCUUUCUUUCUAAUCAUUGUUAAAUUUUAGUUUGAAGGAAAGCCACGUCUCUUCCCUUAUCUAAUUGUUAGUUUACUUAAGUUAAAAUAGUCGUUUAAGAAAUGUCGCUUUCCAAAUACCAAGAGGAUCCUGUUGCAGACAUGGAUUGGUUCUUUUAUCGGGAGGAUGUGGGUCAACCAAUUAAGAAGAGGAAAUUAAGCCAAGCAGAUAUCUACAACUUGAAUCUCAUCCAAAUCUAUUUCACCCUGUACUUGGAUAAAGGAGGUUCAUCAAGGGAAAUGUCAAUAAAUUUAACGAGUUCCAGAAACAUAGUUAAUAAGGCUGAAGAAAUUAAAAGUUCGUUUUCAAAUGAUUCAGAAUCACUUGACGGAUGUAAGACCAAGGAGUUGGAAGAUCUAUAUGGAUGGAUUUGCUGUCCAGUUUAUUCUUAUUCCCUACAUUUUUACACAGACAAUCCAUGGAUUGCGAAUCGUCUCAAACAUUCAUGCAGGAUUUUAAUUGGUGGUCACUUUGCAAUGGACCCUUAUGCAUCCAUAAAAAUCCUUAAAUGUCAUCUCAAAGUCAUCAAAGAUCAGAUUUCAUCCCUUCUUCAUCUAAUGCCAACAGUGAGACAAGAAUAUUUUCUCAAUCCACCUCCACCCCCGCCGGACGUUUUACUAAUAAAAGAAUUACCACCACCACCACAAUCCAAGACCAAAUACCUCGUCUCUAAUGAAACAGAUAACCAAAAUUCCAACAACAUGUCCACUGCCAACAGUUCGUACAAUUCCCCAAUGAUGAGUUCUAAUUUACCUGGCAGCUCUGCUAUAAACAUGGAGGAAGAGGAUGAAGAAAGGAGGCCUUAUGUCUGUGAAAUAUGCGAGAAAAGAUUUAAAACAAAUCCUGCCCUUCGCAUACAUUCAAGGGUGCAUAAUGAUAGAAAACAUUUUGCCUGCCCAUUUUGUACUAAAUAUUUCAAACAUUCAAGCGGCAUAAGGAAACAUUGGGCAUCAAUACAUCCAAAUGAGCUUCCAUAUUCAUGCAAGUAUUGUACAAAAGAAUUCAAAACUUUUACGGAAGAAAGGACCCACAUCGAAACCAAACAUAGAGACAUAAGAAGAGCAAAGGCAACCAAAUUAAAAUCCCUAGUGCUGAAAAAUUAAUUUGUAAAAAUUCCAACAUUAUAUCAUAAUACCAAAUUCUAAUUAAUACAACAUUUCUACUUAUUAUAUUUUAUAUACACAUAUAUCACUUGUAAAUUACUGAGUUUACCAGCCAAUAUAAAAUAAAUUAGACUUUUAGUAUAAAAAUU